GUGCCACUCUUUCUUUCAUUAUAAUCCCCUUUUCCCCCUUCACCUAUUAAUUUCCAUGCACACAACAACCCAUUUCUCAUAACCCUUGUUCAAACCAACACAACUCUUCCUUUUGGAUCAUAUGGAUCUUCCCAAACACCAACAGCAGCAGCAAGUAAAUGAUCAAGAUGGAAGCAAUAACAAUAAUGGGAAAGGUGGGUUUUUAUGCAGGCAAAGUAGUACUCGUUGGACUCCAACCACUGACCAAAUACGUAUAUUGAAAGAGCUUUAUUAUAACAAUGGUGUUAGGUCCCCAAGUGCUGAUCAAAUUCAGAGGAUCUCUGCUAGGCUUAGACAGUACGGUAAGAUUGAAGGCAAAAACGUUUUUUAUUGGUUUCAGAACCAUAAGGCUCGUGAAAGACAGAAAAAAAGAUUCACUACUACUGCUUCUGCUUCUGCUUCUUCUUCCCCCACUCAUCAUCAUCAACAACAUCAAUUUCCUUUACCAAAACACCAACAUAUUUCUUCAACUAAUAAUAUUAAUAAUUGGAAGCCUCACGAUUCCUCCUCUUCUUCUCCAUUGUUCCACAACAAAGCAGCUCCAUCUUCUUCCGUUAUGGUUGCCGUGGGGCAUAUGGGAAAUUACGGAUAUGGGUCUCCCACUUUUGACAACAGUUUCAGAGAAUGUUCAAUAUCGUCGGGAGGAGGUAGCAGCGUAGUCGGGUAUCGGAGCCACAACAUGGGAUCAUGGAUUGGCGUCGAUCCGUAUUCUUCUCCGACAGCGGCGGCGGCAGCGGGAGCCAAUGUCUUUGAAAAGACAAAAUAUGUUGAAGAAUCCAUGGAAGACGAGGACCAAGAUAUCGAAACUCUCCCCCUCUUUCCCAUCCACGGUGACCGGAAUCUCGGUGGUUUCUGCAGCAUGAAGCCGGAAUAUUCCGACAGCUACUACACCACCACUUGGUACGGACGCUCUGACGACGGCGCCGCCAGUUCUCGGGCUUCGCUCGAACUCAGCCUCAACUCUUACGCCGCUAUCUCACCGGAUGAUGGAAUGUGAUGAAACCCACAAAGUACUUC